CAGGAAGCAUGCUACAGUGACAAUAACAAACCCUAUCCGUGUGAUCAUGUCCGUGGAUGUAAUAAGAGUCAGGUCAGACUGCGACACAUGGAACUGCUCUUGAUAUUUAAAGAAUAAAAGUACCUUUGUAACUAUUAUGAAUCUAGCUAACGUUAAAGAAGAACUGUUUAAAGUCCUCAGCAUUAAUAAACUAGCUCAUCUGAACUGUUCUGGUCUGGAUCUGAUUCAUGCUUUUACCUAAAAAAUUUGAACACAGAUGGCUGCAUAUUAAUCUGAUCCGAACAGAUCUACACUUUGAUUUUGGGGGUUUAACGUUGGCUCAUGGCAGCUCUCCCCUGGUUGCUCUGGGGGUAAGUGCAGCUCACAGACUGACGUCACAGCCUGCAGCCUGCUCGUCGGGUCGUUGUCCUCUCUCCAGUAAAGCAGGAUGGCUCCGCUGAAGUUCUGUGCGAACAUCUCGUGGCUGUUCACGGAGCUUCCUGACUUCAGUCAGCGGAUGUGUGCAGCAGCCUCGGCUGGUUUCCAGGCGGUGGCGGCCUGGCUCUACGACUCCGACCUGCAGGAGCUGCAGAGAGCCAGAGAGGCUGCAGGAGUAGACCUGGUCCUCAUCAACACCCCGCCAGGAGAUGUAAAGGGAGGGGAUCUGGGUCUUGGAGCAGUUCCUGGAAGAGCAGAGUUCAGACAGGGUCUGGAUCGGCUGUGAGGUAUGCACAGCUCUGGACUGCAGAGGAUCCACCUGAUGGCAGGGAGGGUUCCCGUGGGCUCACACAGAAUGGCAGUUGCCAAGGAGAUGGAGGCCAUCUUUGUGCAGAACCUAAACUACGCUGCUAAUAUCCUCUCAAAGGAAGGAAUCACUGGUCUGAUUGAACCCAUCAACACAAGGAUUACAGAUCCCAGGUAUUUCCUGGACUCACCUCAUCAGGCUGCUGCAAUACUGGAGAAGGUUGGAAAGCCAAACAUCAAGCUGCAGAUGGACGUCUUUCACUGGCAAAUAAUGGAUGGAAACCUGACACAAAACAUACACAAGUAUUUCCCUUUCUCAGGUCACGUCCAGAUCGCUCAGGUUCCAGGCAGGAAUGAGCCCGACAGUGCCGGAGAGCUCAACUACAGCUACCUGUUCAACACGCUGGAGGAGCACGGCUACCAGGGAUACAUCGGCUGUGAAUACAAGCCACUAGGCUCCACCAAGGAAGGUCUGGGUUGGAUGAAAGAUUACUGCAGCCACAGCGAGUGAUGAGCAGGAGACCAGUCACACAACUGUGGAAGUGUUCUGCUUAAUACGCUUGUUAUGCUUCUUCACUUCUACCGGAGUAACACUUAUUUUUCUUUUUCCUUUGAACAGAUUCCACAAACGGUACACCCACAAUACAUUUCCAAUCUAAGUAUAUACUAUGAUGUAGGUACAUUUCAUACUGUAUAUUUGAAAUGACUAAUACCCAUCUAAAUGUCCUGAUUAAAUGACCAGUGGUUCUAUUGCUCUCUGUUAACACUCUUCAUUGAUAACCUUCAUUGGUACCCCCAACUAACAUUGGGUUGGUUAAUUUUUGAAGUGUACCAUUUACCAUGUAAAGAUAUCAAUAUUACUGUGAAAAAUAAAUUGUGAUAAUUAUUUUAAAA